AUGCCUGCCCAGAGGCCCCGCGCAGCUUUUGAACCGAUCUCCCCAGACUUGGAUAUCCCGGCACUUGUGGAUGCGACACCGAAUUUCGAAUUCGCUACCAAGAUUCAUUGCAACGCAAUAGACCGCAUGGGCUUAGGAGCUUUCGAAAAACUCGUUCAGCUUUGUGUGGUACAAGGCGGGACGCCUCUGGUCGUUGAAGGAUUCAAUGAAAGCCUGGACAGUUCCAUAUUCUCUGAGAAGUGGCUGAGAACACACCAUGGGGGAAAGACGGAAAUUGCUCGCAACCUUACCACCAAGUCCGAUCUCCCUCUCACAAUCGGUCACUAUCUCAAGAACAUGCAUCUUCUUACCAAUCAAUGGACGGCAUUCAAUUAUAAAGACGCGAACCUCCAACGUAUUUACUUGAAGGAUAUUGACUGUCCUCCGUUGUGGCACGACCAUCUAAAGCGACAAAUCCCUCCCCCGGUCUUUUAUUUCAACGAAACCCCGGAAGCUUAUGAUGGCCCGGGUUUUGCAUCAGCCUCUAUUCCCGAUGAGAGUGAGGCAGGGGUACGAAUAGCCAAGGCAGGAGACCUCAUGAGUUGUCUUCCGCCAGAUAUGCGUGCGGAGAACCUUAUGUGCUAUAUUGGUCACGAAGGAACAUAUACCCCAUCCCAUCAGGAAAUGUGCGCCAGUAUCGGUCACAAUAUCAUGGUUGAAGCAUCAGACGGGUCAAUGGAAUAUGGAAAACCCAUAAAACCCGGAUCUUCGCUCUGGUUUAUGACUGAAAGUAAAGACCGUCGUGUGGUUUCCGAAUAUUGGAUGUCCACAUUGGGCCAUGACAUCGAUAUUGAAAACCAUUUCGCACAGAUGAACGCAUGGAAAGCAGCCCCGUUCAAGACCUAUAUUGUUGAACAGAGUCCGGGUGACUUAAUCCUCAUACCUCCUCUAGCAGCGCACCAAGUCUGGAACCGAGGCACUAGGACAAUGAAGGUGGCAUGGAAUCGUAUCACAGUGGAAACUUUAAAGAUGGCUUUGACUGAAGCGCUUCCACAUGCCCGAAUGGUCUGCCGGGACGAGCAGUAUAAGAACAAGGCGAUUGUGUUUUACUCCCUUGAACGAUACUCGAACCUUCUCUGUCAUGUCGAUGAAUACAACAUUGAUAACCCAGAAGUCAGGCAACUGAUCAAUGACUUUCAACAUCUCUUUACUCUUUACACUCAUAUUCUGCUGUCAGAGAGUUUCUCGCCAAGACUACCCGUUGAGAAAGAUGUUGAAUUCACCGCCUUUGACAGCAAUAUAACUUGUUCAUAUUGUAGAGGAAACAUAUUCAACCGUUUUUUGACAUGUCCAUCAUGCAUAGGACCUCCGACCUUGGAAGGGGAGGACACCUACGACGUAUGUAUGGAAUGUUACGCGAUGGGAAGGAGUUGUGCCUGCAUUUCCAAUCUGAAGUGGGUUGAACAAUUUUCCUGGGAGGAGUUGACAACCAAGUACGAAGUGUGGAGGCAGCAAAUCCUCGGUCUCACGCGCGAGCUCAAUGAACCUUACCAAAAAUUUUCUGCGGAAAGAGAAGGGAUGGGGAAAAAGUCACUCGCUGAAAUAUGCCAAGAACAACUGAAAGUGCGGCCAUGGAUUGAUAUCACGAAACCAGCUGUCAAGAAGAUCGGGAAAGUCAGCGACUCGGAGACGACUAGCCCAGCAAGAAAGAAAAGGAAGACGGGUCGCCGUAACACACCCCAGGGCACCGGCCAUUGUCACAUUUGCAAGUGUGCCGAGCCACUAUGGAAGCUUGUGUCUUGCUCGUACUGCAAAUUGAAUUACUGCUACGGUAGCCUUUACAGGGCCUUCAGCAUACAGCCACAAAAUGCCAUGGAGAAGUAUCAUUGGAUGUGCCCUAGGUGUCAGAGAAUCUGCAUCUGCGCGGCGUGUCGCCGAGACCAUACUAUGACUCCUUUCGAGCCUACAUCCACCGUGCUCGGUCAUGAUACAAAGAAAAUAGCAGACCUUCGCAGCGUUGAGAGCUUGGUCAAUUUCCGGCAUUCGAAUCUUAAAUGGUUCGAGAAGACAGGCGUGGACGACGAAACUCGACUUAGCAAACGCCAGAAGGAGGCCGAGGAGGAACGCAGUCAGUCUUUUAUCGACCACGCUAUCCAGCUUGAAGAAAUACCUCAAGCGUCAAACUUCGAGGAUAUACCCGUGGAUCCCUCAUUAGAGCAGUUGCUCCUUACGCCGCCAGAAUCAAAUGUCUAA